CCUUCUACUGCUUCUAGCUUCUGUUUUCCCCAUGUCUCUUCUGCACCUUGACAUUUCAGCCUUCAGGUCGCGCGAUGAUGCGCAAUGCGCCAUGGAACCUCCAUUGCUUUGGCGCCAGGAUUCGGGAGCCGCUCUCUAGGAUCCUUGGUUCUUGGAGCGUGGAGAACUGGAGAACACCCUCGACCUUCAUUUGCAGCUUAUCCAACUCCUGAGUUGGAGUUUGGAACAAAUCCUACGAGUAAAUGAUGCAGCAAACCAUAAAAAGCGUCACGUCCUGUCAUCGCAGCUAGCGCUGGCAGGCAUUUCCGCGCUUCCCUUGCAUCUAAGCUGUAACUUCCAGCAACCAAGCUUUUGCUCUGCCGCUCCGGGCGUCUCUGCAAAUGGACCUCCCCUGGUCGCAAUGGGCGGCGGCACUGGGGAAGACGAAGGCAGCCCCGUCGCCAAAUGCGCCCAAAGGGAGCGCACUGCAGAUCCUCUCGCAGAGGCGCAUCUAUCAGAUUAUUGCGAUGCUGGGCAUUCUGCAUCUGGUGUACACUAUAACGGGCCACAUUGCGCUUACGGGUCAGAUUGAGGACCAAGACACGGACUACGGAAUGCCAUUAUGGCCUGCACAGAUGACCCCCCUCAGGAUUGGGAUCCUGUCUUCAUACCCCCCUCAGCUGUCAGACGUAGCCGGUUACACGCGGGACCUUUUCUCCCUGGGUGUGGCCAACAGUACCAAUCCGCUGCUUCGCAGAGCAAAGGUCAGCGUAGUAAUUGUGGACGAGAGAAACACGGCGGAUGAUUACGGGGAGGAGGUGGCCUUCUUGUUCAGGAAAGAGGCGCACAAGGACUACUUCCUGGCAGCCGAUUACAUCAACCGGGAGUUCGAAGUGCUGAGCGUGCAGCACGACUUUGACGUCUACGGGGGCCAUUAUGGAGAGCUGCUCUUGGUCCUUUUGGACCACCUCACCAUACCCUAUGUGGUCAACAUCCAUAGCCUCCCAGCCGACUAUGAGGUCCAUAAGCAGAUGAUCCUGGAGAAAGUGCUUGCGAGCGCAGCCCACGUCACAGCGCCCCUCCUCUCCGCCUGCAAAACGCUGAACCAACUUGUCUCCCGAAACCUAUCCUGCACGCUUCUCCCCACGGGAUGGCUGCCCCACAACUUCGCUCAGGCGCCCAACAUGACCUUCGCGCCCGUGUCGGAGGACCGUCGCGUGAUUCUGACCCCGGGCCUAGUUUCUCCCAUCCGGGGGCAGGAGCGGAUGAUGGAAGCAAUGAAGGGCGUGCGCGUCUUGAUCCCAAAAACAAUGUACGUCGUUCUGGGUCAGCAGGAACCAGGGCAGACUGUAGACUACAUGGACCAUUUGGCGAAGCUGGGGAAGCGGGCGGGGGUGGGGAGAGUUAACGUGAUCGUCCAAGAGCCGCAGAGCUUUGAGGAGCUGGUCGGGUGGUUCCGGCGCGCGGAUGUCAUUGUUGACCCCUCAGACGACCCCAACAAGAUUUCGUCCCGCGCCCUCGACAUGGCCAUCGCCCUGGGCAUCCCCGCGAUCGCGUCCGUCUCCCCUUAUUCCGAGCACUUAUGCGGCUCCCUCAACUCGACCAACAUCAAGCUCCAUACGAGCUCCCCCUGCACCGUGACCCCCAUCAACAGCCCCCGUUCCCUCGCCGUCUCGGUGAUCGCAAUCCUCCGAAACGCGACGUUGCGAGAAACGAUGCAGCGCGGGCGGGCAACCCUGAAAGAGGGCGACCGUAGCUGGCCGGCCGUUGCGGACGAGUGGGCAAUAACGCUAGCCCGGGUCGCCGCAAACCGGACGACUCCCAUGCUCGCGCGCAAGGGCCUUUGGGCCGGGGGGUGGGACACGUGGCCGGAAGGGGACCCCGAGCGGCAGGUCGAGUUGGCCGCGUUUGGCGCGCAGCUUAAGAGCCGGAAUGCGAUGGUUGGGGGCCACCUUAUUGCCGAGGACGUCGCUCGCGCGGUGUUGUUCGGCGAGACGAGCGCGGAGCGCCGCGCGGCGGCGGGGGCGCUGAAGCAGCUUUCUUACGAAGGGCUGCUUUUUGCGUCCUAUAUUCCGCGCGGUAAAGGGUGUAAGAUCCGGAGAGGCCGGUCGGGGAUCUCGUAUACGCACAACGGGAUCGGGGCGUUUCAGGGGUAUACGCUGGGGGACAUGGAGGUGCUGACACAUACGCUGCCGACCAAGCAGCUCAUCUUGGGAAGGGGGGUGCGCUACGGCGGAAACUUUGUCAACUUCGUAUACGAGGGGGAGGAGAUCCGGACGCGGAUUGACGUGGUGAAUUGGGAGUUCACAUGUGACGACGACGUGCCGAAGUACGUCGUAACAACGGACGCUAACAGUACGCGUCUCAUGGAGGCGGUUGCACGGAUCACCAUGACGUAUAGCUUAUUGCCAGGGGGAUCGCGUCUGACCCUGGAAGUGCGGGUGGAGCUGUUGGCGAUCGGGUGUAUGGAGCGGGUAGAGAUAAUCGUGGGAAUGGACUCGAUGUCGGAGUGGUUUACUGGGCUGGACUUCGACCGGUUCUAUCUGAUGCAAAGUCAAACGAACAUAACCGGACAAGGCGUCCCCACUGGGGAAAGGAAUAUGUACGAGCAGGAUCCGGAGAAUCUGGCAGCGUGGUCUCUAGUCACCAAUAGCGAAGGGGCCUUCGGUGUGAUCACCGUUUUCAAGAGUCAAGCCCAGCUCGUGACAGUCAAAGCGGAGCCGGAUAGGUUGAACAAGUUCCAUUACGUCAAAAAUGAGUAUCUCAUUAGUCAAGUUUGCCAAAACAGUCCUGUGACGGUCGUAGAGGAAAAGAUCUUGAUGAAAAGGCUGGACCUAGAGAAACUCCACAAGCUUGAUAGCAUUGUGCAAGAUCCAGCAAGAUUCUCUGGGGUUGAUAUCUCGGGUCCGUCAGAUAGGGCGCUGAUAGAAGCGGCCUUUGAAGAGAUGGCUUAUCACGAACCAUCGGUUAAGGAGGUAACUUCCAGUGACGAUGUAGAUAGUGUAUACGGCGAAGCAUAGGUCUGAAGGUUCUAUUACUUUGGUAUCGACCUCCUGGCUGGUUUGCGUGCUGGGGCAACGAAAUCUUUCGGAGCUCAUCUCCCAACAGACUUGCAUAACCGAAUUCUUUGACCGUUGCAAGUGCCGUACCAUAAUGAAGCAGGCCAUU